AUGGACUCUGUUUCACAAUCUUUUCCUCUAGCUGCAGUGGCCGUGGACAAGGAUAAGAGCAGCCAAGGAGCCUUGAAAUGGGCCCUCGAUAAUGUCGCAGUCAGGGGCCAAACCCUCAUCCUCAUUCACGUCAACACUCAUGCCGUUUCACCGGAUAGCAUACGCAGGGAAAUACUUACUCCUUUUCGAUGUUUCUGCACCAGAAAAGAUAUCAAAGUCAUGGAUAUGAUCUUGGAGGGCACUGACGUAGCUAAGGGCGUAGUGGAGUUCAUCUCUCAGUCGGGGAUCAACAAACUAGUCGUCGGAGCAUCGAGAGGAGGCUUUGUGAGAUCAUUCAGAAACUUGGACAUCAGCGUCAACAUUUACAAAACCGUGCCUGAUUUCUGCACUGCUUAUGUGAUAAGCAAAGACAAGCUCUCCUCUGUUAAAAAUGCGAUCCGACCAGCUCCGGCCGUUUCGCCUUUGAGAAUCCAGCUCCAGAAACAAGCCAACGCAGAUCAACCAAGUCAACAGGAGAAGAAAGGUGAUGCUGCAGCUGCGACUCUCAAACUGAGUAAAGAAAAAGAAUCAAUCAGGUCACCGUUGACGAGAGGGGCCUAUGCAUAUAAGUCUGAUGUAGAUUUGACGUCGGGCAGUGACAUAUCGUUUGUAAGCAGUGGGAGGAGGAGCACUGAUCAGGUCUUCCCUCCGAGGAUCUAUUGCCUGCCUGACAACGACCUUGCUCACAGCUUCGAGUCUCGACUAUCGCCUCGCAAGUCUGUGGGUGUUCAUUCCGCUAUGAACGGGUACUCUUUUUCUCAGGAGAGCUUUGCAUCUGACGCAUCGGAAUAUCAAGAAGCAGAGAUAAAUAGACUGAAACUGGAACUCAAGCAGACAAUGGAUAUGUACAACGCAGCUUGCAAGGAAGCGCUUCUGUCUAAACAGAAGGCAAAGGAGCUCCAUCACUCGAAGAUGGAGGGGAAACAGAGACUCGAAAUCGCCCGACUCGCGGAAGAAGCCGCCUUGGUUCUGGUAGAGAAGGAGAAAGCAAAGUGCAAGGCAGCAUUGGAAGCAGCCGAAGCAGCCCAAAGGAAGGCUGAACUGGAAGCGCAUAAAAGGAGAGAAGUGGAGAUAAAGGCCAUGAAACAAUCCGUCGACAAGAAUCCCUCGAAUUCGUUUGUGCAAACGGACGCGAGGUACAGGAGAUACAAGAUCGAGGAGAUCGAGGAAGCCACAGAGUACUUUGCGGCGGACAAAAAGGUUGGAGAAGGAGGGUACGGUCCCGUCUACAAAUGCUAUCUCGAUCACACGCCUGUUGCCGUCAAGGUACUGCGACCGGAUGCAGCCCAGGGGAGGUCUCAGUUUCAGCACGAGGUUGAGAUUCUAAGUUGUAUCCGGCACCCAAACAUGGUCCUCCUCCUCGGUGCUUGCCCGGAGUACGGUUGCCUGGUGUACGAGUACAUGGCGAAUGGGAGCUUAGAGGAUCGCUUAUUCCGGCGGGGGAACACGCCGCCCAUUCCCUGGCAAUAUCGGUUCCGCAUCGCCGCAGAGAUCGCCAUGUGCCUUCUCUUCCUCCACCAAACGAAGCCGGAGCCUCUGGUUCACAGGGACUUGAAGCCUGCAAACAUCCUGCUCGAUCAGAACUACACCAGCAAGAUAAGCGACGUCGGCCUGGCCCGCCUUCUCCCGCCCUCCGUGGCAGACCAAGUCACUCAGUACCGCAUGACGACGGCGGCCGGGACGUUUUGCUACAUCGACCCGGAGUACCAGCAGACGGGCAUGCUCGGCACCAGGUCUGACAUUUACUCCUUUGGAAUCCUGCUGCUGCAACUGAUCACUGCGAAGCCUCCCAUGGGGCUGACCCAUCAAGUGGACCGCUCGAUCGAGACGGGAACGUUUCGACAAGUGUUGGAUCCCUCCAUCCAAAAUUGGCCGAUCGAUGAAGCUUUACGGUUCGCCAAGUUAGCACUCACCUGCGCAGAGCUGAGAAGGAAAGACCGGCCGGACCUAGGAACAGUCGUAUUGCCGGAGCUCAAUUGGCUGAGAGCUUUUGGGGAAGAAAACACGCAGCAAUUCGCAGUGGACAACAACGUCGGCACCUCAUCGUCACACGAUCGAGUUUCUGUGCAGGAUAUCAGGAGUGGCCCUUUGCAUCAGCAAUCAGGAUAUCAGAGCUCGAGCCAAUUUAGCGGAUCGUCGAUCAACUGA